AUGUACCACCUCGCCAAGGGCCUCUACCGGCUGGCAACGAGCAAGGAGGAAUACUCUGUCCUUCUCCUCGGGCUCGACAAUGCUGGCAAGACCACCUUCCACGAGCAAGUAAAGUCCAUCUUCCUGCCCGACAACCCGUCCCCGAAGCUCAAAACCGUCCCCACCGUGGGGCAGAACGUCUCGACCAUCAUCCUGCCCGACAUGUACCUCAAGAUCUGGGACGUCGGCGGCCAGCUGUCGCUCCGCAAGCUCUGGCAGUCGUACUACGCGUCCUGCCACGCCAUCGUCUUCAUCAUCGACAGCACCGACAUCGGCGACGGCAGCCUGGACCACGACGACAGCUCCGGGCGGCUGGAGGAGUGCCGGCUGGUCCUGGAGGACGUGCUGCAGAACAGCGAGGCCGAGGGCGUGCCGCUGCUGAUCCUGGCCAACAAGCAGGACCGGGAGGACUGCGUGGAGGUGGUGCGCAUCAAGGAAGGCUUGGUGAAGCGCGUGUUUGAGGGCGAGAAGGCCGGCGGGAUACGCGACUCGAGGGUGCUGCCUGUGUCGGCGCUGACGGGGACGGGCGUGAGGGAGGCGGUCGACUGGGUCCGGUCCAGGGUGAAGUGGAAUAAGGAGAGUCGGCCGCCCGUCAUGAGGUGA